AAUAUUGUAAUAUAAUGAUUUAAAUGUUGAAUCGGAUGUCACAAUGGUUUAUUUUAUUCUACGUAAAGCAGGCUAGAGAUUUGAUUUAAUGUAGUGUAAUUUAAAAUAUAAUACCAGGUUAGUGAGAGGCAGUUUAUGAGGAAAGUAAUAAGAACCGCCAAGCAGGAUAAACAUGCUUUUUUUCAGGUGUUAUGUGUUGGCCGCGUAACUGAGCGAUUUGGCAUGCUGAUUAACCCCCCAUUUCUUCACAGUAAAUUGGAAUACUAUUAUCGUGUUAUCUGAUGUCAGUCCUGGUGCCCAAUCUUUUCUUACCUCAUUUCCAGCACUUUUCACGAGGAGAUCCUUUGCUGCGGUUUGUGUUCGGAUUAUGCACAUGCCAACCGCAGACCUGGGGCAAAAGGCUUGAGCAAUUUUGGACACUUACACUACAGGGCAGUCAACGAAGUUGUCAGGAUGGUCAGGGCCAUAAAAGUCUGAUAUGUUAUUAUGAUAAACAAAUCAAUUAUGCAUUGCAAAAGAAAUUGUGACAAGGGAAAAGUUAUCACACUUUGCUUUGUCAAACCACUGUGUGAAAACAGUUUAGUGAAGACCUGCAGGAACCUCAGAUUUGACAUUAAUGCCCACUAAGGGCUCUCUUCGCCUCACCAUCAUUGUGAGACAUCUUCAUGCUCCACUGCUGAGGGCUGCUGUGAAAGGCCAGGACAGCUCUGGGCAUGAUGGGCGGGUUGCUGGGGUUCUCCGUAAAUAGAAACAGCCCUACGAUUCCCUCUGGAGCAGGUAGCGCGGGCAGUCAUCAGCGGAGCAUGCAGCUCAGCUGGGACUCUUUCAUGUGGAACUAUAAAGGGCCGCAGACUCCAGGAGACAAAUCUGUCCCAGCAGUCUGUGCGGAUGAUGGAAAGAGGGGGGGUUGCAGUGCAUUAACGCGUUUGCUGGGUGCGCGCUCGGACCUGCAGCAGCUGCACAAAUGCAUGUAUCUGGCAGAUGGAUCUGCAUGACUUUAUGGCCGUUAUCCUCUGGGAUAUAUCUCCGACAUACGCUUAACUGGCGCCCAGCCUCUUCUCCCCUCAAACGCUCACCUGUUAAAGCAGCCACCGUAUGUUUGAUUUACACUGCGAGAGUGAGUCAGGAGGUCCCUCCCACAGCAGGUGGUCAUGGGCGAGAGAGUAAAAUGUAACCAGAAUGGGGAACUCAUACAUGCCUCAACACAGGAAAGCUGUAAAACAGUGGGAGAGCGUUUGCCGUGCGCACUGAAAUUCAUUACCGCGUUUGGGAUAUAGAUCUCCGUGUUCGUCUAAUCCUGCGUGCGCCAGGCAUGCAGGCAUCGCCAGAUGAGAAAUGUGAAUGAGACAGGUGUCGGAUGGAUCGCCCUAAAGGUGUCAGUUUUAGAAAGAAAGUUCCAGUCGUUGGGACGAGCUGCAGAUGCAGAGGGGUGCGCAGUCCAUUUUUCCAGUUAAAAAACAGGACUUGCAGGAAGUGUACCCAAGCGGAUCUUCCUGAAAUCAUUGUUCCAGAGGGUACCAGGCCGGUGCUUUUGUACUGACAAAGGUAAAGGAGCGAAACAUAACCAUGAUUCUUCGCACCUCAGCCACCCUCCUCCUACCAACAGCCGUCGUUUAAAACUUCAUCAGCUCUGACGAAGCGCUGCUCGGGAAACAACUUUUUUAAAAAUCCUGCCCCAUCUGCUUCCCCUUCUCCCUGCUGUCAUCCCCACCACCUCUACCUCAUCCUCUACCCUGGUUUGACUCGUCUGACUAUGGCCCUCAGCUCCCUGCUCCUCCGAUGUCCCGCUGGUCACCAUAUGUUUCCCUACAGCUGAUGAUUACAUGCCCUAAUGCAUUGUUAAUGGUUGAUAAAUGAUUGGAGUGCUUGAACCGGCAGAUUUAUAUGGGCCUGUGAGAGAGAGAAAGAGAGAAAACCCGAGUGAAUGCGAGUCUCACCUUCCCAGCUUCAGCAAUCCAUCAGUUGGAGAGGAGGUGCUGAGAGUGUGACCGUUUCAUCACAUCAUGGGCGCUAGGCAGGAGGACAAGACGUCAUCCUUGUGAGAGAGGAGCGGCGAGGUGGGAACAGCAACAGUGUGAGCAAGGUCUGAGCAGGCUUUGGAGUGCGAUGGCUGGGUGCGGGCUGUCUGUGGGCUUCCUGCUGCUGGGGCUCCUCACUCUGGCCCACGGCUCCGUGUUCCUGUCCAACCAGCGCCUGAAGGCCCGCUUCCAGAGGGACCGGCGCAACAUCAGGCCCAACAUUAUCCUCAUAUUGACAGACGACCAGGACAUGGAGUUGGGUUCCAUGCAGGCCAUGAACAAGACACGCCGCAUCAUGGAGCAGGGAGGGACGCACUUCUCCAACGCCUUCGUGACCACGCCGAUGUGCUGCCCGUCGCGCUCCUCCAUGCUUACGGGGAAGUAUGUGCACAACCACAACACCUACACCAACAACGAGAACUGCUCCUCACCAUCCUGGCAGGCCCAACAUGAGCCCCGCACCUUCGGAGUCUAUCUCAAUAGCACCGGCUACCGCACAGCCUUCUUCGGGAAGUACCUGAAUGAAUACAACGGCUCCUACGUGCCUCCCGGAUGGAGAGAGUGGGUGGGGCUGGUGAAGAACUCCCGCUUCUACAACUACACCUUGUGCAGGAAUGGCGUCCGGGAGAAGCACGGCUUCAACUACCCGAAGGACUACCUCACAGACAUCAUAACCAACGACAGCAUUAACUACUUCCGCAUCUCUAAGAAAAUGUACCCUCACCGGCCCGUGAUGAUGGUGCUGAGCCACGCUGCCCCUCAUGGCCCGGAGGACUCAGCGCCGCAGUAUAGCAGUUCCUUCCCCAACGCCUCCCAGCACAUCACCCCAAGCUAUAAUUAUGCGCCGAAUCCGGACAAGCACUGGAUCAUGCGUUACACAGGUCCCAUGAAACCCAUCCACAUGGAGUUCACCAACAUGCUGCAGAGAAAGCGGCUGCAGACGCUGCUCUCUGUGGACGACUGUGUGGAGAAGGUGUAUAACAUGCUGGUAGAGACCGGGGAGCUGGACAACACUUACGUAAUCUACACCGCCGACCAUGGGUACCACAUCGGCCAGUUCGGCCUGGUCAAGGGCAAAUCCAUGCCCUACGAGUUUGACAUCCGCGUGCCUUUCUACAUCCGAGGGCCCAAUGUGGAGGCGGGAACCAUCAACCCACACAUUGUGCUGAAUAUCGACUUGGCCCCCACCAUCCUGGACAUCGCCGGCAUGGACAUCCCCCCCGACAUGGACGGCAAGUCCAUCCUGAAGCUUCUGGACACAGAGAAGCCGGUGAACAGGCUUCAGCUCAACAAGAAGGGGAAAGUAUGGCGGGACUCCUUUCUGGUGGAGAGGGGGAAGCUGUUGCACAAGCGGGACAGUGGGGCGGAGGUGGCCCAGGAGGAGAACUUCCUGCCCAAGUACCAGCGUGUGAAAGACCUCUGCCAGCGGGCGGAGUACCAGACACCUUGCGAGCAGCUGGGACAGAAGUGGCAGUGUGUGGAAGAUGCCAGCGGAAAGCUCCGGCUCUACAAGUGCAAGGGCCUGGCCGGCCUGGCGGCCUCACGCAAACCGGGUAUCGCCGGGCCACAGUACUACGCGCACGAUGCCGACCCAGACGGCUGCAGCUGCAGCGUCCCCAACUUCGGCUUGAGCCACUUCAAGAAGAAGAAGCUGCUCUCCAAGAAGAAGCUGAAGGCCAGUAAGAGCUACUUCAGGAACCGCCUGGCCCGCUCCGUGUCCUUUGAGGUGGGGGGGGAUCUCUAUGCGAUCCAGCUGGAGGACGGGUACCAGCCUGUGGGUCCCAGAAAUGUCAGUGGGGGGGGUCCAAUGACAGCCAUGCCCCGGAAUGAUGACGACGACUUCAGCGGCAUGGGCGUCACCGUGGCCCCGAAAACUGGCAAUAGCUUCAUGGUUCCUUCCUCAAUCAAGGUUACUCACAGGUGCUCUAUCCUGGCCAAUGACACUGUCAAAUGUGACGUCGGCCUAUACAAGUCACUGCAGGCAUGGAAGGACCAUAAACUUCAUAUAGAUCAUGAGAUUGAAACCCUGCAAACGAAGAUAAAGAACCUGCGUGAGGUCAGAGGUCACCUAAAGAAGGCGCGCCCUGAGGAGUGUGACUGCAGUCAGUACAUCUACCAGUCUAAAUUAAAGGGGAGGUUGAGGCACAAAGGAGGCAGCGUGCACCCAUUUAGGAAAAUGCAUGACAAGGACAAGAAGCAGUGGCUGCUGAAGGAGCAGAAGCGUCGGAAAAAGCUGCGCAAGCUGCUGAAGCGACUGCGCAACAACGACACCUGCAGCAUGCCUGGCCUCACCUGCUUCACGCACGACAACCAGCACUGGCAGACCGCCCCCUUCUGGACAAUGGGCCCAUUCUGUGCCUGCACAAGCGCCAACAACAACACAUACUGGUGUCUGCGGACCAUCAACGAGACACACAACUUCCUCUUCUGUGAGUUUGCCACGGGGUUCCUGGAGUACUUUGACCUCAACACUGACCCCUACCAGCUGAUGAAUGCCAUCAACAUGCUGGACCGGCACGUUCUGAACCAGCUGCACGUCCAGCUGAUGGAGCUACGCAGCUGCAAGGGUCACAAGCAGUGUAACCCACGCACUCGCAACCUGGAGAUUGGAGGUAAAGAGCGAAGCAGCUUUGAUGAAUACAGGCAGCUCCACCGUCGAAAGUGGCCAAAAGCGAAGAAGCCCAGCUCCAAAUCUCUAGGACAGAUCUGGGAAGGUUGGGAGGGUUAGGACCUGGGAGCCCCUCGGCCCGGACCUCCCUGGGCAGGCCAACUGGUUGGAACUUGAAACCUUGUACAAACUUGAUGAGCACACCUACGAUCUCAAAAGCAACUUCAACGUGAGCCUCGAGGACUGGACCAA